AAACGAUUGACUCUAUCAACGUAGCGCGCGCGCAAAACCCGCGCCGAACGCGGUCCGCGUGCCUGAUUCGAAAUACGAAAUUGAAUUAAAUUUAUAUUAUAUAAAUUCUAUUAAGUUUUAAAUUAAAUAAGUUAUUAUUAUUACUGAAUUGUGACUUCAUCGUGUUAUUUUAAUAUAAAAAUGGGUGUUGAAGAACUAAAAAAAGGCCCGAUGCUGGGUGUCCGGCACCUGCAGGCUCUGAUGCUGUUUUUCUCCAUCGUGCUCGCCUUCGCCAUGAGAGUCAACGUCAGCAUGGCUAUAGUCGCCAUGACUGAUAAAGACGAUGAAAAUUCGUUCGACUGGAGCAUGCAAACCCAGAGCGUGAUCCUGUCCUCGUUCUUCUGGGGGUACGUGGUGCUGCAGAUCCCGAGCGGGGAAGCCGCGGCCAAGUUCGGAGGCAAGAUCCUGAUGACAGGCUGCAUCGCCAUCAACUCCGCCGUCACACUGCUCAUACCUAUCGCAGCGUAUUAUGGAGGUUGGAAAGCGUUAUGCGCGUGUCGUGUGAUCCAGGGCCUGUCUCAAGGCUGUGUGUACCCAUCGAUGCACAACCUUAUUGGCAAAUGGGUUCCGUUGGAGGAAAAGAGCCGUCUCGGAACUAUGAUAUAUGGAGGCGCCCAGCUAGGGACCGCCCUGCAGCUGAUGGCGUCCGGCUUCAUAGCGGAGUACUGGGGCUGGCCGGCCAUCUUCUACGUCAACGGCACGCUCGGGGCUAUUUGGGUCGUCUUCUACGUGUUCCUGGGCUCGGCCUCGCCUGCAGACUCCAAAAUGAUUGGAGAAGAUGAAAAACGAUACAUCCAGACUUCAUUAGGUCAGCUUGGUGCACAAAGGAAAUUGAAAACGCCAUGGAAGAAGAUAGCAACAAGCUUGUCGUUCAUUUCUCUGAUCAUCAUGCACUGCGGACAUAACUGGGGAUUCUGGACUCUCAUGACGGAGAUGCCCUCAUACAUGAAGCAAGUUUUAGGCGUUGACAUCAAAUCGAAUGGUGUAAUGUCAGCGCUUCCUUACCUGGCGAUGUACACUCUGAGCUUCCCGUUCGGUUUCUUGUCAGAUUAUGCGCUGAAGAAGAAAUGGGUUACCAUCAGUACAUGCAGAAAACUUAGUAACUCUUUUGGUGAGUACGGCCCCGCGCUGGCGCUGAUCGGGCUCUCGUACGUGCCGGCCGGUGACGUCACGCUGGCCGUCACCAUGCUCACGCUCGUCGUCGGACUCAACGCCGGGCACAUCAGCGGGUACAUGCUGGUGCAUAUAGACAUGGCCCCUAACUUCGCGGGCACCAUGAUGGGCAUCACCAACUGCUUCGCCAACAUCAUCUCCAUCAUCGCCCCUCUUGCUGCUGGACUCAUACUGCAGGACGAGACUGACCCGGUACAAUGGCGGACUGUAUUCUACUUGUCGUCGGCUAUCUACGUCGUCUCCAACACGUUCUUCAUCAUCUUCGGCACCAGCGAGAGACAGCCCUGGAACGAGGUCCCUGAUGAUGAUGUUCCUGAAAUCCAAAAUAAGUCUGAAAAAGUCGUCUAGAAAAUAUUUCCACCUGAUUUUAAAAUGUAAAUUUUGUAAAUAUUAAUAAAUUAUGUCAUAAUGUU